GAAGCAUUGGAAGACUUUGACGACCAUGAGUCAGAAUCCACCUCGUAUCGAAGAUUUGCAGUAAUAAUGGAUUGUCUUUUCCGGGGCACCAAGGUCAAAUGCAUGUACAACGAAGCGAUCUUGAACAUCACGUCAGCCGAUACAAGAGGCAAAAAGACUGACCUCCUAAUCAAAUAUGGGUCCACACAAGGCUGCAAAAAUUUGAGAACCAACGCCGCCAUCCUCAACAACAUUCGAUCGUUAGACCCACGCAAAUCGUCUACACAUGUCGCAGCAAUGGAUUGGCUUGGUUCGGUGGGGUACCUCUACCUUAUGGCUGACAUUGAUGGGCUUUAUUACGCCCAGAAAAUAGGUAUACUCUCUUUGCCCAAGUCGCUG